AUGGAGUCCAUUAAAACAUUGGAUCUAAUGGACAGUGGCAUAAAAGAAUUGCAGUCAUGGAUUGGAUGUUGCAUUUCCUUGGAAGUUUUGAAGUUGAGUGGAACUUCAAUCAAACAACUGCCUUCAUCGAUUGGGUUUUGCACUUCCUUGGAGAUAUUGGACGCGUCUGGAACUGACAUUGAAGAAUUGCCUUCAUCAAUUGGGUAUCUCACUUCUUUAAGAGAAUUGAAUCUGUCCGGGACUCCCAUUAAAGAGCUGCCUUCUUUAAUUGGGAAUCUCACGUCCUUGGAGGAAUUGGACGUUUCUGAAACUUCCAUCACAGAAUUGCCUUCAUCAAUUGGGUAUCUCACUUCUUUAAGAGAAUUGAAGUUGGUCUAA